AUGAUUAAUUAACAUCCACUUUAUUUAGAAUAAUAACAAUGGUUAGCUUAAUUUUAAAAAGGAAAACAAGAACCAGAAGUAUAAUAAGAUCUAUUACAUGAAUUACUUUCAAUGGGUUUUGAUGAUUAAAAAAGGAUUCUUAAAUAAAUUAAGAAGCAUAAAUCAGACAAAGCUAAAAUAGUAGAAACAUUAUUAUAGAAGUAAAUAAAAAAGAAGAAGUCUGAUGAGAUUGAUAUUGUUUAAAUUGUAAAAGAUACCUAAAUUUUGUAUGUGGAUUGUAAUAAUGUAAAAUAUGCUAACAGAAAUUGGAAUGAAUUUCAUGGAAAACAAAAAGAAUAAAUAGUAAAAAUGUUGGAGAUAAUUGUACGUUGGCUUUAAAAUGAUAAUUCAUAAUUAUAUGAAGUUCAUUUGAUUUGGGAUGUUUAUAAAAUUAAGAAUAUACAAAAAUUGUAAAAUGAAAUAAACUAAUUGGAUUAAUUUAAGAAUCUUAUAAAUUUAAGUUAAGAGGGAAAGAAAAUUUAAUUUUAGAUAGAAUUUAAUAAUAAAAAGAUAUUAUUUACAAUCCAAUCCUCUCAUCCAAUAAUUGCAGAUGAUUUGAUUGUGAAUUUAUGUUCUUAAAAUGUAUAAAAAUCAAAGGAAACUACAGUUGUAACUAGUGAUAGAGGAUUGAGAGAUAGAUUAAAAGAGUAUGGAAUUUAAACGUUUAUUGGAUGUGGAAAAUGGUGGAAAUUAUAAUUCAAUGAUAAUUAAUAAUAAAUAGAAUGA